AUGGCUCUCACUAUAGCUCAACUUUGUCGUAGCAAUGAAAUAGUGCCAUUACUUGCUCAGGACCCGGACUAUACAGAGCUAGCAGAAACGAUCCUGGCCAACAAGGGAUUCAAAAUUGUUGGACCUCACGGUGCAGGAGGAUUCGCGGAAAUCGACGAGGAAUCAAUCGUGAUAUCACCCUUUGCUGCCGCCCCAGUCAAGCAGAUUAUCGCCGAUCUCGCUCGGCCGGUGCUCAUUAUUUCCACUGGCUUUGAUGUCUUCAAUGGCAAUGAGUAA